AUGACAUCGAAGUUAACGGCAAAGGAAUUGUUCAACGUGAACGAAAUGGUCUUUGUUGUUACUGGCGGGGGUAGUGGCCUGGGUGAAAUGAUGGCUCUUGCUCUGGACGCAAAUGGCGCAGCCAGAGUGUUUGUCCUCGGCCGACGAAAAUCAUCCUUGGAGAAAGUUGCGACAAAGGCUGUAAACAAGACGAUAAUACCAAUAGUGUGUGAUGUGUCCUCAAAGGACGACCUAGAAACAGCCGUCAAAGCAGUCACAAGACAGACCCCGUUCGUCAACGUGGUUAUAGCGUGUUCUGGGGUCACGGGUCCGAUGACAGUGCCUCCUCCUCGGAAAGCAGACCAGUCCCUGUCGAGUAUACAACAGGAUUUGUGGAACACAUCAUUUCAACAAUCCCAGAAGGCAAUGGAUAUCAAUGUUCUAGGGGCAUUUUACACCUUUGUGGCUUUUUUGCACCUCCUCGAAGCAGGAAACAUUCACCCCAGCAGCCGAGGCAAAAGAGACUUUAUCCAAAGUCAGUUCAUUACAAUCAGCAGCCUGGCUAGCUUUAACAGAGCAGAGAACGUUGGGUAUGCGUACAUGGCAAGUAAAGCCGGGCUCGUUCACCUUACGAAGUCUCUGGCUACUGGCUUUGCUCGUCAUGGGAUCCGCACAAACUCGAUUGCUCCAGGGCUAUACUUAACUGAAAUGACCGAGUAUUUCGCCGAAGGCAAUGAUAUUACAAAGCUCGGAAGUUUGUCGAAGGACUACAUCCCGAUGACACGAAGUGGAAGUGCUGAGGACAUCGCUGGUGCCGUUUUGUUUCUAACAUCUCGAGCGGGAGCCUUUGUCAAUGGCACCAUCUUGGUGUCUGAUGGUGGUCAACUUUCCAUUGAGCCCGCAUCAUAUUAG